GUCCACAUUAUAGAGAUUCACUCGAACAAAUUUUUAAAACAAUAUAUGAAAGAUGUCAUAGCAUUAUAGAUUUUUCGAUUAUCAGAUUUUCAAGUUGUUUAAAUUACUUAGAAAUUCUCUGGGUUCUGAAUUUACAACAUUUGAUACUUUAUCAGAAUUAUUUUGAAAUUAAUUUAAUGAAUAUGAAAUUGAGUCAUUAUUCAAAAAAUCUGGCUAAAUCUUUACCUAAAUAUAUUAAAGAGAUUAAAAUUUGGAUAAUAUUAAAUCCAAAUUAUGAAAAUGAGUUAAUUUUAGAUGAUUUGCGUUACUUUUUUAAUAAUCUUGAUUUUAAAAACUCUUUUGCACUCUUAGAAAUUAUACACCCAUAUCAAGUGUUUUCUAGGAAUAUUCAUUUUGAUAAAACU